CUUGAUUACUUUCUCUGAUAACCUUUGCACCCUGUUCAACUAUCCCACUAACUCCGUACACCGACAACGCGCGGUAUGUGGACUGAACAGCGACACAAUGAACAAAAUGGAGCUUUACGUAAACAUGAUGGUGAUUGUGAUGAUUGGCACGUGUGGGGUCAGUGUGGCUCAGAUGUAUACACCAACGACUUUUGAGAUGUUUGAGGAGUGCGACAACAAGAUCAUUAUAUCGGAGGACAUGCUGCUACAACUAUCUGUGAACAAGACCAGGAGAAAAACACACACGUGUAGCACGACGGUUGAAAGUGACGUGGACGGCAAUCGCUUGUUACUACGUUUCCUGAAUAUGAACAUCUCCGACAGGCCAGGAUGCUUGAAAGCCAGGAUCAGCUUAUAUGAGACAGAAGGCAAACAUCCUUCAGUAAAUUUUUGCGGCAAUAUGAGCAUCCCCGUGUUCAACUCCAGCGGACAGUCAGUGAGGGUUAAGUACGAGACCAGUCGCCAGGACGAGGACGCCGCUCAUGACGUCUUCACACUACUUAUCUCAUCUUUUCACGAGCAGGUGAAAGGAGAGUGUACGUCCUACGACUUCACAUGCAGCAACUCCCUCUGCAUCGACAGCGACAUGACCUGUAACAACUACGACGAUUGCUCCGAUAAUUCCGAUGAGACGAUUGGCUGUAGCACAACCGAUGGAGACCAGUUGAUGAAGAAGAUUGUGAUUGUGUCUGUAGCCUGUGGGAUGUUUCUGUUCGCUGUUGUUUGUGUCUUCGCCUUUAAAAUACACCGAGCCAGGAACAGAAGAGGGGCAUAUUUAUCUGUUGACUAAUCGGUGCAAACAGCCGAUAACCAUGAACACAAUUUUGUGUUAAUAUUCUUUUCGUCUGUGAUUUUAUUGUAGCCAACUUACAAAAACAGUGCAUGUAUACUACUCAGAGGAACUUAAGCAAUAUACCACAAGAGAUUAAUCAUAAUCGGAUGUUUUAGUGUUAUGUACCAUUCGUCGCCAUUCUUUCUGUAACCUCUGCGAAUUUCUGCAAAAUUGUUGAUGCGGCGGUAAGCAGCUUUAUCAUCCCAAAACUGUGUUCCACAGGAGAUAUCGCUUGUGUGAGAUCAAACGAUAUCUCCUAGGAGAUAUCGUUUUGACAGUAGAUUUUGUACAAUGCCCUGACAAUGCUAUGACGUCAUGUACU